UCUCUCCUACCCUUCCCUCUCUUAGUCACCACAUGGAUGUGUCAUUGUUUCUAUCACUUUAGAGGUUCAUGCCCGCUGAAGCGCAGCGAGGUGAUCUCCGGAUUGCCAAAACAGCGCCAAGAUCUUUACCCCCCUCCCCAACGGAUGGCACUGCUGACACCUUCUUAAGCCAGGCCUGUGGGCCACAUGACGGCGCUGACCACUCCUCCACGCCAUGGUCAUGAAGCUCCAGGAUGUAUAAAUAAGGGAGCAAAGGGAGAAGAGGAAUCAGAAACUGAACAGACCAGAUGAAGAUGGAGCUCAGCAGGGUUAACUGGGUGCUAGCAGCUGCAGGGCUUCUUCUGUGGACCACGGGUGGGUCGGCUGCACCUAUGGAGUGCCACUUUAACUCCAGAGCACUGUGUGAGUUUGAGGGGAGGCACUACUCUCUGGGGGAAACCUGGAUGGACAACACGUGCAUGCAGUGCACCUGUCUGCACCCUGUCGGUGUUGGUUGCUGCGAGACCAUACAACGGCCAGUGGAUUUCCCAGCUUGGUGCGAGGUGCGGGUGGAGCAAGUGACCUGCAAAGUGUCCCUGGUCCAGACAGCCGACCCCCGCCUACCCUGCACCCCACAUGAGGAUAUCAAGGACCCCAGCCACAGAUCGCUUCAGCAACAACUCGACGGGUAGAAACCCACUCAGACCAUUUGUUCAACCUGUUUUUCUGUGAAACCAACGUUCUCUAUAGUUAAAUACCACUAACCAUUUUAUACACAUACUGUACUAAUA